AUGAACGCGCUCGCCCAGUCGAAUAUCUUCUCGACCACUAAGAACCCGUUGCUAACGAAACAGAAAGUCAAACCAAAUGGCCCACAGACUGCAUUCAAAACCUGCUACGAGGGCAAAUGUCAAUGCAAAGAAAAAGUGACCAAUUGCUAUUUGAGUGAUCGUAGCGGCGCAGUGAUAUUUGAAAUUGCAAGCAGCGCUGAACAGGAUACGAUAACACUGACCUGUGAGGGCUCGCCAAGAGAUACCGAUUCCCUUUUGAACCAGAUUUCGCAUAAGUUCACAUUUCAUUCGGCGUCCUUUAAGCUGAGAAACUGCGCACAACUACCGAAAAUGUUGCGGCGUCCCAAUGUGACUUACAUGGGCGAUGUGGAGUUCAAUACACAAAUGCUGGUACCUGAAGAGUUUUUCUGGCACGCAAAAGGCUUACUGACGCUGAGAUUUAAUAUUACAACCGAUGACUUGGAAAAUAGCUUUCCGCCGCUACUUUUUCACAAACUAAAGGAGCUAAUUAAUUUGGAAUUGAUAAUAGUUUCCGAUGCUACAUUGGUCACAGUGCCCGAGCUGAUGUUACAUGAGCUCCACGGUUUGGAAGUUCUGUCUCUAUAUGUAUACCACCUUGAAACUGGUUAUUACGAACCGUUGGAUGCACGGCGCACGACCGUACGCAACUUAAGCAGCGCACACUUUCGCGAUCUAUGGGCGCUAAGAAGCCUGCUGCUGGACGCAAAUAACCUGCAGACGUUGAAUGAUACUAUGCUUAUGCCAUUGCGCGAAUUGAACCAACUGGGCUUGAGCCUGAAUGGUUUAGAACAGCUGCCUGCAAAUUUGCUUGCAACGCAAAGCAAGCUGGUCGUAAUAGACUUGAGCAUGAACUCGCUAACAUCACUGCCGCUGGGCAUAUUCAAAAACACGCCACUGCUUUGGAAGCUGCAGCUAGCCGAGAACCGCUUCAAAACGCCCACGAAUAUUAUAGAGAGUGUGCGGCCGCUACGUUAUCUCCACCAACUCGACCUGAGCAACAAUCAACUCGUGCAGUUGUGGGGCACUGGUAGCCUAAGCAACCGCUCGCUCUUGACGCGCACUAACAUUAGCGCACCGCUGGAAGUGCCACAAUUCGCAACGUAUGUGAGCUGGGAGCGCGGCGCAUUCAAUGAGCGCCAAAUCAAUCUUACUUCAAUCAAUCUGCGCAAAAAUCGCAUAGCGCAAUUCAACUUGGACUGGAUCGCCGUUGGCGGGCUGACUUGUCCCUACGAGCUCAAUCUGCUCAACAAUAACAUAAAAAAUAUUUAUGCUGCCAUACAGCCGUUGGGCAGUACCCACAGAUGCAAACGACGACUGAUGUUGCAGUUCAAUCCACUGAACUGUGACUGUAGCCUUGCGUGGGUCUAUAGCAGCAACUUGCUUACGCGAUAUGAACAGUGGACCUGCGCAGCGCCGCCGCGCUUGCAGGGAAAACUGCUCAAUCAGCUGCAGCGCAGUGAUCUCUGCGCUUGGCCGCCCGCCUUUUGUCCAGAACGCUGCAGGUGCUCGUACGAAAGGAUGUCUUCGCUGAUUGUCAACUGUACAGGCGCGCAACUGCAAAGCAUUUCGCAGUUACCGCGUCCCGAACAAUUUGCACUGGCUCGUACAACACUUUACCUUGAGCGCAAUAACUUUUACGAGCUGCCGGCAAAUACGACUUUCGGUUAUGCUAAUGUGACACAUAUUUACGCGGCGCAUAAUCGGCUUGCCUUCAUUCUGCCGUCGCAUAUCCCAUCGAAGCUAUCAGUGCUCGAUGUGCGUCACAAUCGGCUGGAGCGCUUGAGUGAUGGCUUUCUACGCAACUACCUCAACGAGAGCGACACACUGAAGGAACUCUAUCUCUCCGAUAACCCUUGGUUUUGCGAUUGCGAAUCGGAGCUACUAUUGCGCAUUGUGAGCUUACAGCGUUACACGCAUACCUGA